CUUCGAAAAUUCCUUGGGCCAUCCGUAUCAAUCAUUGCCUAAAGGCUUUAGGCUUACACGUCCUUUGGGGACUCAGUGUGUGUCCUUUCGUGCCGGCUUCAAUUAGCAGUUUCUCCUCCUCGUCUUGUGUAUCUGUGUGUGUGUGUGUUUAUGUGCGUUGGAUUAAUGAGGCAAAAGUGUUUUAUCGUGUCCUACGUUAAAUAUUUAACACAAUAUCAAAUAAAUGUUGCAUAAGCCGCCUGUCAUUUAGCAUCAUCUUGUGCCAAAAAGGAGUAUAGUGGUCUUUCGUGCGUGUAUUUCUGUGAGUUUUGCUUCUGCUUUUGCCACAAAUAACAUCAUAAGGGGGAUUUUGUCUUUGCGUUUCGCAAACAAUCCGAUCAAGUAAACAAACAUAAAGAAAUGAAGUCGAAUCAAAAUCCCCUAAUAAACUGCUAGAGUCCAGAGGUCAAACCACAGCCUCUUAUCUCCCCCGCCCACUUGGGAUUUUACUGUUAGGAAAUCACGUCACGUUCCACUGACCUAAACAAAAACAAGAACAAGAACCAAAAGAAAGAACAAAAAAACAACAAGACGCGAAUUCAAUUAGGAGCCAAAAAUAGGCGAAAAGCCUCUAAAAAGAAUCGGACAAAUGUCAAGUCGCCAAAUAAUACAAUAAAGUGUCAAUUGUGUAUUGCAUGCAACGUGAUAUAGCUAUAAAACAAAACAACAACUAAAAUAUAUAUCUUGUCAAAAAAAUACACUGCAAAAAUUGAAGAAAUAACAGAAGAACAAAUGUCUGCGUCGGCAGUUGAAGUUAAUGGAAAUGUUUCGCCAGUGGAAUUCCAUCAGAGGCAACAGCACAUGGUGCAGGCGGGCGUGGCGCCUUUCCCGGGCGCUCCGGCCGGCUAUGCCGCCGCACCAGGUCCAGCGGCAGCGGCUGCAGCAGCGGCGGCCGCCGCCCAGCAGCAGCACGCCCAACAGCAGCAGCAGCAGCAACAACAACAACAGCAGCAGCAGCAGCAGCAGCAGCAACAGGUGGGCGGUGCCAGUGUAGGCGGUGGAGCCACCAGUGCCGCCGACAGCCUCUCGCUGGCAGUGGCUGCGGCAGCUGCCAAACAGCAGGCUGAACCAGUUAACCAGACCGCCGGCGAUGGUGCCGGAGCAGGAUCUGGAACAGGAGCUGCUGGCGGCAACAGUAACUGCAACAGCAAUACAGCAGUGACAGGAGCGCCAGGAUCCGGCGGUGGAGGAUUGAGCACAGAAUAUUCACCCGGCGGCGGUGCAGCAUCAUCAGCCGAUGUUGUCUGCUCCCUGUACAUGCAGCAGAAGAAGACAAAUCUGUCAACACAAACACAGAACCCGUCGUACAAUGGAAUCAGCCUUGCAGAACCGAGAGUCCUUCCCACCAUCACUACCACCACCAGCAGCACAGGCAGUCCCAUUUUGCAGCCAUCUCUGACAAAUGGACAUGCCAUGGACCAAGUGCAGCGGCAGCAGUCGCCAGAAAACCAGCAUCUGCAAUCAUCGCUGCUGCCCCCACGAAAUGUGCUCAGCAUAUCCACAGUAUUGAUCGCCAAUGAGGCAGCAGAUUCCCAACAGAGCUCCGCGAUGGCCAACGCCGCCGGCGGCACUGGCUCCGCCGGUAUAGGUGGCGGCGGUGGAGGAGGUGGCGGCGGUACGCCCGGAUCACCGCUCAGUAGCUCCCCGUCCAGCGCAUCACAGCAGGCAGCAGCUGCCGCCGUCGGAUUGACCCUGAAUGGCAGCGCCAACGAGGGCAGCAUGUCGGGUAAUACAUCGCCGGUGGCCAGCGGUGAACCGCUCCUGCAGACGCCGCCCACCCUUCAGCAGCAGCAGCAGCAGCAGGCACAGCAGCAGGCACAGCAGCAACAGCAACAGCAGCAGCAGCCACUCCUGUGCAGCAGUCCCACAUCCGUGCAAUCGGCCGCCACAUCGGUCACGGGCAGCUCGAUAUCAAGCGGUGCCCUGGCAGCCACAAGCAGCAGCGGUGUUGGCCUUCUGCCCACCACCGGACUGGAUAGCAUGGCCAAUGGUGCCAACAAUGGGGGCGUUGUGCCGGCCAGCACAUCACAGGUUAUUGCCCAUCUGAAUGCAGCUGCUGCCGCGGCCAGUGGCAUUAUGACAACAUCGAUGCAGUCACCCACCGCAGCAGCAGCAGCCGCAGCAGCGGCCACUAGUCUCAGCAGCGCCCUAGUCCCGGCCCAGUCGGUGCCCUCGGUGGCCGCCGCCGUUGCCGCCGCAGCCUCCCUUGAUGCCAAGAGUCAGCCCAAGCGGCUGCAUGUCUCCAAUAUACCGUUUCGCUUCCGGGAUCCCGAUCUAAGAGCCAUGUUUGGGCAAUUUGGCACCAUUCUGGAUGUGGAAAUUAUAUUCAACGAGCGCGGCAGCAAGGGAUUCGGUUUUGUAACAUUCGCUAACAGCAACGAUGCAGAACGAGCACGCGAACGUCUACACGGCACCGUGGUUGAGGGACGCAAAAUCGAGGUGAAUAACGCCACUGCACGUGUACAAACCAAAAAAGUGACAACAGUACCCAACGUUGUACUGACCAAAGAUGGUGCCAUACCGGCCCCAGCUCUAGGUGAGCCAAAAUCUAAAAACAACCAAAAAAUAAAACCCAAAAUGAAAAAAUGCAUAAAUCCUUUUUGUUUUUUGGUAAUUCGUUUAUGUGCCUGCCGGAAAAAUAAACCAUAAACUAAGACACGAAUGCUUGCUGCUUGCAGCUUCCGAACUAUAUCCCUCCGUUCCUCUCUAUAU